AUGGGCAAUGAGCAGAGCAGCCACCGGGACAAGGACAAGCACCAUGUCCCCCGCGAUGCCACCACCACCCCGCCGCAGCCAACACCCGUUCCCGACCUGCCAGCCCAGCAACAACACCAUGUCGAAGCUGAAGCUGAAGCCACCGCCAAUGCACGUCCACCUUCGCCCACCCUCCCCGUCGACGUCCCCUCCGUCCUCCACUCAGACCCUCACACCUCCUCAGCAUCCCCAACAUCCCCAACAUCCGCCUCCAUCUCUGCCUCCGUCGACUACCUAAUCCCGGCCUCAGCCUCGCAAUUCUCGCGCCCACCGCGCCUGCCCCUGCCCAUUGAAGAAGUCCACACGCCCGGUUCACCCAUCAUCUCGCCCCAGGAACUAGGUGGACUGCAGGAGAUAUGGACGCCCGUCCACGAGAGCGAUGCGGAUGGCAUGUUACCGAAGAGGUCCAGCAUGCUGAGUAGUACGACGGCGGAGGCGGAUGAUGAGGAUUUGGGAGACGAGUUCAAGGACGGUGAGGGGAGGCCAACUGUGCCUACCCUGAUUGAGUGGGAGGGACCUGGUGAGCGUGUAUACGUUACUGGUACUUUUGCGGGGUGGAAUCGGAAGUACAAGCUACAUCGCAACGGACCCAGCAAGAAGAAAGACGCCCUCUCUGCCUACGUCUCCGUCACCCCAGGGACCCACCAUCUCACCUUCCUCGUCGACAACGACAUGCGAACAUCCGACAAACUCCCCACAGCCGUAGACUACACCAAUAUCCUCGUAAACUACAUUGAAGUCCCCUACCCGGAGUUACACCCCUCCCCGCCAGCCCCCAAGCCACCACAACCUCGACAACCGACCCCUCGAUGCCGUGACCCCGUCCAAGAACGCGAAGCCCCUGUUGGCAUGUACCCGCCACAAGUCCUCCCACCUACUCCUCCCCAAAACUCCGUCAACACCAACAACACCACCGCCAACAACCCCUCCACCAAACUCCCCCUCCCUGAACCUGCCAAACCUCCUGUACCCGAGCCCACGAAAAAGUACCACCAAAACAUACCCCGCUACCUCCUCGACCUUGACGCCCCCGAAGAAUCUUCCCGGUUUGCCAGAGCAAACGCCAUGACGAAUAACCUACCUACACCCCCGACUCUACCGGGCUUCCUGGGCAAGAGCAUAUUGAACGGGACGACGCCGAUGAAGGACGAUAGUAGUGUGUUGAUUCAUCCUAAUCAUACGGUGCUUAAUCAUCUAGCGACGAGUAGUAUUAAGGAAGGGAUUUUGGCUACGAGUGCUACGACUAGGUAUAAACAGAAGUUUUUGACUACCAUCAUGUAUAAACCAAAGGAGGAACAUGGCGAGGUUUACUAA